AAAGGUCAGACAAGGUCAAGGGGGCACAUAGGUUGAUUUGUAAGAAAAUAAAAACCUUCCGCGAGCGGAAAUUGAAGUAAACAUCACCCAACCUUUCCUCGCCCUCUUUCCUGUUUACACAGCAACGCAAAUUGCUUUAAACGCUUUUUCUUUGUAAGAGACACAUCGAGGACUACACCAUGUCUGACGUGGAAGGAGAUGAUGUCCCCACCCCCGUUGUGGCUCCCACCGGUGGUGCUAUGGACAAGGACACCGCCAUCAAGGAGGUGCUCAAGGCCGCACGCAUCCACGACGGUUUGGCUCGUGGCCUUCAUGAGACCGUCAAGGCUCUGGACAAGCGUCAGGCUCAUUUGUGCCUCUUGGCCGAUGACUGCGAUGAGCCCAGCUACAAGAAGUUGGUCCAGGCUUUGUGCCAGGAGCACAACAUCCCUCUCCUGACUGUGGACGACAAGUUCCAGUUGGGCGAAUGGGCCGGUAUCUGCAAGCUCGACACCGAGGGUAAGGCCCGCAAGGUGGUCAAGUGCUCCAGUGUGGCAAUCCGCGAUUGGGGCAAGGAGACGCCUGCCCAUGACGUGAUCCAGGAGUACAUCAAGUCCCAAAAGUAGAUUUGUUCUACUCCGGACCAGUCCAUAGCACGUGUUCUGACUACCAUCUCUGAACUCAACCACAGCAACGGGUGGUGUGAAAUAAAUGAAAAAAAAACUUAAAA